GACUGGAAAUUCAGACAAGCUUAUCAGUGCAGAGCUAGGAAGGAAAGUGGAGGAGAACUUACUUGUACCAGCAGAGAGCACGAGCUCACAUUCAAGACAAAGUGAAAGUCACAGGAGAGUGCUUUGCUUUGAUAAUGUCCUGCCCACUCCUGGAGGAAAUACUCAAAUUCAGACUACUAAGAGUUUACCCCAGAAAGAAAGGAAUGAAAAUACUUUAUUUGCUGUUGACUCUGCAUCUUCUGCUAAAGCACAGGUGACAAAGAGAGAGAAAGAUAAAACGUUGCCUAGAAUUCUCUGUAAGCCAGAAGUUGGUAGCAGCAGAAGUGUUUCUGUGAAGGAGCCCCAGCCUGAGCGGAAGGUGGUAACUGCAGGGCUUCCAUUAGAUCCUUUCCACAAGACUACAGCAAAUAAAGAGAAUGAGUUACGAAGAGAUAGUGAUGAAAAACAGAAGAACCAGGACGCUGCCAAACUCUCAAAUGGCCAACAAAGCGUUAGCUUAUGGAACGAAAAGACGGUUGCUUCAGUGCAGGAGCUGAACAAAAAACAAGGGUCAUUGUCAAACGGGAAUAGCAAAUCUUCAGCAUCUGUUUCUCUGUCCUCAAAGGAGCCAAAACGAGAGCCAGCUAAAGUUUCCAACCAAGGCCUUUGCUUGGCAAGUCCUUUCACUAAACAAUGUGUAGAAAUGUUGCAAGACAUUCAGUGGCAUAGCCCUACUAGUAAAGCAGUUGAAAAUGGAGAAUUACCAGUACCCCGUACACCAUCUGGAGUUGGGGACAGGCACACAGACGAUACUACGGAUAGUGUAAGGACACCAACCUGUCGGCGUUUCAAUGAGGACAGCACAACACCUAGAAUCAUGGUCCCUCCUGCUACUCCAGACUUACCUGCCUGCAGCCCAGCUAGUGAAACAGGUAGCGAAAAUAGUGUCAAUAUGGCUGCUCACACACUGAUGAUACUGUCACGGGCUGCUAUUGCAAGGACUAGCACUGCAACUCCACUGAAGGAUAAUACUCAGCAGUUCAGAUCUUUAAGGAGUACAGUAAAGAAAAGGAAGCUAGAGGACUUGAAUGAAGGUGAGAGAAAUUCUCGUUCUGCAAAUAGAAAAGACCUUCAAAGCUCUCCAACACCAUCAAAAAAGAAGAAAAUAAAGAAAAAGAAGCUGCCAAAUUCUUUUCCGGCAGGAAUGGAUGUGGACAAGUUCUUGUUAUCUCUGCAUUACGAUGAAUAAAAAGAUAUGAACUGUGACUGUAUAAAGCCAGUGUUCUAUGCUGAGGUUUUGCAUGGGAGAUUAAUUCUAAAGGAUGAGUUGCACUUUCAGUGCACUGAAGAUUCACUUUAUAGCAAAAUCAUGCUGUUUCUGAAGCAGGUUGCUAAGUCUGUAAAUAUCAUUGAGUUGGUAUAUGUUUAUUUUUGAAAAAGCACUUGCAUAAUUAUAGAGCCAUUUAAUUUGCAAAAUUGUAAAUUUGUAUAAAUGUAAUGUACGAAAAGUUGUAAGUAAGUUUCCUGUUACACACCAUGUUGUCUGCGUUCUGCUGCAUUCUCUACUUACUUACCCUCUGAACUGCUUCAUCAAUUUGUGAAAAAGUUGUGAAUUUGAAGGCAGUGUUUGUAAUUCACUGUUCUAAGACAUGGACAGCUAAUUUUUGCCACUUUCCAUUGUCUUGUUGAAUCAUAAAGAAACUUCAGAUGUAACUGACUUGUAGUAACAUUAUCUUCUGUUAUAAUUGUAAAAUCCAUGUUUUAAGGCUUUGAAUGAAUUAUUAAAAAUUACAUAAAUCUAAGGCAAAAAAGUUCUCUUCUAAUGAAGCUUUCCCCCCAACCAUUCAGACAAAAAAAUUAAAUGUGUGUAGGCCUAGUCUGUUUCUAGGAAUUACUUACACAGUACUUGCUACAUAGGAUGUUUUUGAAUGCAAAAAAUAUUGUAAAAUGUUGUACCUUCAGUAUGAAUAUCUAAACUGUAGUGAUAGCCAGAAAAGAACUUGAAAGUGUUCUAUUGCAAGAGUAAAUUCUUUGAACCAUCUUUUGUACUGCUGAAAAGGCAUUUAGUAAUGUUACUUAUGCUUUUAGCCAGAUACAGUAAAAUUUGCAUCUAAUCUUUUGGUUUAUCAUAGAAAGUGGUCACAGCUACUCUACAAACUCUCUUCAAGACUGAUACAGGAGAAGCUCAAGCUACAUUUUAGUACUAAUUAGAUGAAAAUUAAUACACUUAAGCCUUGCUCCAGUACUGCAGAAUUUUCUCAAGUGGUGUUUCCUCCUUUGUUCUCAAAUUGUUGAGGUCUUAAACAAUGCAAGUUUUCUUAUGAGAGAGCUGUACAGCAACAGGGCAACGUUUCAAGAUAGUAUACAAGGAUUCCUAAGGAACCAAUAUUAUGCAGUAGAUGUUUAUAUUAAACCCAUCCAAUAAUUUAAUACUGCAUAGCAUUUAC